AUGUCCAAUCCUAGAACCUACUUUGAAUGUGCUGUUCAGGGUGAACCAAUUGGCCGCAUUGUGUUCGAAUUGAGAGCUGAUAUAGUUCCUAAAACUGGUGAAAUUUCUGCUGAAAAUUUCCGAGCUUUGUGUACAGGAGAACAUGGUUUUGGCUAUAAAGGAUCUACCUUCCACCGUGUUAUUCCUCAAUUUAUGCUUCAAGGAGGUGAUUUUACAAAGGGUAAUGGUACAGGUGGAAAAUCAAUUUAUGGUGAAAAAUUUGCCGAUGAAAACUUUGCCUUGAAGCACACUGGCCCCGGAAUUCUUUCGAUGGCUAAUGCAGGUCCAAAUACCAAUGGCUCGCAAUUCUUUAUCUGCACCGUAAAGACCAGUUGGUUGGAUAACAAACAUGUUGUAUUUGGAAGUGUCGUUGAGGGCUCUUCCACUGGGAAACCUUCAAAGCCCAUUACUAUUACAAACUGUGGACAAAUUUCCUAA